AUGGAGCUAGAUGAGCGGAGAGAGUCAGUUGGAGAUGAAAUCAGUGCCAUGAUCAAGAAUGAUACUUGGUAUGAAACUGAGCUUCCCAAAGGAAAGAAAGCAGUAACAAGUUGCCUACUCUUCACCAUCAAGUAUCUAGCUAAUGGGAAACUAGAGAGGAAGAAGACAAGGCUAUCAAUUUGGAGUGGAAUUUAUGGCAAGAAUGUUUUUCUUCAAGGAGAAUUGGAGGAUGAGGUUUAUAUGAGGCCACCUCCGGGUAUGGAAGACUUUGUGAAACCAGGAAACGUCCUUAGAUUGAAGAAGACUAUCUAUGGAUUGAAGCAAUCACCAAGAGCUUGGUAUCACAAGCUGAGUACAACUCUCAGUGGAAGAGGGUUUGUAAAAUCUGAAGCUGAUCAUAUACUCUUCACCCUCACAAACAAGCAAGGAAUUGUGGUGAUUCUGAUUUAUGUAGAUGAUAUUAUCAUCACAGGAAGUGACAAGGAAGGUAUCAUCUCAACCAAAGCUUUUCUUAAGUCUACUUUUGAUAUUAAAGAUUUGGGUGAGCUAAAGUAUUUUCUAGGGAUAAAAAUAUGCCGCUCUAAAGAGUGGCUUUUCUUAUCUCAAAGAAAGUACACACUUGAUCUUUUAAAUGAGGCAGGAAAGCUUGGAGAAAUAAUAGCUAAGACACCUCUUGAAGAAGGAUACAAAGUCUUGCAUGAGAGGGAGAUUGAAGAUAAACCAUUUGGAGACUUCAAACUCUAUAGGAGAAUGGUUGGGAAGCUGAUCUAUCUAACCAUUACAAGACCAGACAUCUGCUUUGCUGUGAAUCAAGUCAGCCAACAUAUGCAAGCACCUAAAGUUCAUCAUUGGAAUAUGGUGGAAAGGAUCAUGAGGUAUCUGAGAGAAGCUCCGGGUAAAGGCGUAUGGAUGUGCUACAACAAGAGCACAGAGACUGUGGGAUAUUGUGAUGCAGAUUAG